CUCUGAAACUUUCUGCUUUUCUUCAUCUUAACUUUUGCGCCUGUCGCAUUCAAAUCUGUCUUUUGGUUUUUACCAUCUCAUCUGUUUCCAAUGAGUCAAGAGUAAUCUUCCAUCUAUCGUUUUAUUCAAGACAGUAUAUAAUACAACGCCCGCAAUACAACAUGUCCGGUUUCCAAAUCCCCGGCCUCGGACAGGCCAAACCCAACGAGACUCUUCCGCCCAUGCCCGCCGACGUUCUUGCUGCUGCCGCAAGCGUUCAAGAUACCGAGAUCACAGAUGCUGCUCCCAAUAACCCCAAAGACCAGCCUUCAGCAUCUGCUGCUACCGAGGCUAAGCCCUCUGAGGCUGAGCCCACAUCAGUCGCAGAUUCAGAUGCCAUGGCAGUCGAUCAACCCGAAAGCCCUCCUUCUCUCACAGGUGCCCUCGAGGCCGCCAUCGGCGGUCUAAACCCAACUCCUGCUUCUCAGCCAGCUCCUACAGAGAAUAUCGAGACCGUACCACUUCAGAACGACCAGGGCGAUAACCCCGAAUGGGAAGUCGACUCUUCACCAUACGAAUCAUCCUCAGAAUCAAGCAGCUCUGAUUCCUCCGACGAAGACUCCGACGACAACGAAGGUUACGAACUUUUGGGCGUGGAAGAGACCGCACGCCUGCUCAUGCAGGCUGAAGGAGGAUCUGAUGAUGAGGGCGAUCGAGGAGCUACUGGUUCAAGAACCACCCAGGUCCGAACAAAGAAUGAGAUUCCUGAAGAAGUAAUUCCCAAGCCUGAUGUUACAAUUACACCUGAGAUGAAGAUUGAAGAGCUGGGAGCUAUCGAGCACAUUGUGGAGAACAUGAUGUUGAUCAAGGCAUUCACGCCUGGCGAGUACCAAGUUCUUGAUUCCGGAUCCGUGCUCUGCACAGCUGAGCGAGUCGUCAUCGGUGCGAUUGCAGAUACGAUCGGAAAGGUUCUGCAGCCCAUGUAUACUGUGCGCUUCACAUCAGACCAGGAUAUCAAAGAUUUAGGACUCGAGGUUGGCCAAACAGUGUUCUACCCUACCGACCACGCCGCGUAUGUCUUUACCGAGCCAUUAAAGAACAUGAAGGGCUCAGACGCCAGUAACCUUCAUGACGAAGAAGUCGGCGAUGAUGAGAUGGAGUUCUCAGACGAUGAAAAGGAGGCCGAGUAUAAGCGAGCGAUCAAGCAGAAGAAGAAGGAUAAGUGGAAGAAGGACCCCGCCAGGGGAGGCAAGGAGCCUCAUCCUCUGCGACAAGAGUCGCGACCGGACGGAGGUCUUAACUACGACGAUGACGAUGACGGCCCCUAUAAGCCUCUAGCACGACCACCUGGCUAUGGUUCCGGCCCCUCUACAACAGAGACAUACGAGCCUCCAUCGAGCAGAAACUUUCACCAGCGAGGAGGACGCCGUGGCGAUUCUCGAGGGCGUGGAGCUCGUGGACGAGGUUCUGGACGUGGUGGAAGAGGAGGUUUCAACCAGCCUAGAGACGGCUACUCGCUACCUCCUCAGGCAGCUCCUCAGCAUGCCCAACAAGCUGUUCCUCCAUCCCCAUGGGCCGGCGCUCAACCUCCCGCUCAAGGCGCAGCACCAGCGAUGCCCAACUUUGGCUUCCAAAUUCCUGGUUGGCCUCAACCACCUGCUCAGGGCAAUGCUGCAGCUGUUCCACCACCUCCUCCUGGGUGGCCAGCUGCACAAGGUCAACAACAGGCUGCGAACGGUGGAUCUUUCGUCAACCCGGCAUUCUUCGCUGCGUUGAUGUCGAGUAUGCAAGCGCAGCAGAACGGCCAGUCGCCCUGGGGACAGCAGCAGCAGCCUCCUAAUAAUGGAAAUGGCCAGGGCCAGUAGACAAUAUGUAAACAAUGGGUGUUCGUAGGUCAUCAGUGGCGCUCAGGGUUUUUCUUUAUAGGGGUAUAGACAAAAGGGUAAAUCAACUUAUAUGUAAGAAAUUCAUGAUAUAAUUCUAAUCUUCCGGGUUUCAC